UUUUUUUUUUUUCCUUUGUUUUUAUUUCUUCAUUAAAAUUCAAAUAGUAUAAUGAGAUGGUUUAAGUCAACAAGUUGUAAUACGAUUAAAAGAUACAUUUCAGUUUCAAGUCAUUUAAAAUAUAAAGAUUAUUAUUUGACAAAAGGUUUAAAAGAUAGUUUACUUCGAAUUAAUUUAAAUAAAACAAACCAAUUAAUGGGUGUAUCUACUUCAAGAGGGACAAGAGCAUCAAAUGAAGAUAAAUAUAGCGCAGUAACGCUAGAAUUACCUGAGAGUAAAAGUUUACUGACCAUGGAUAAAGAAGCCAAUCGUGCUUAUUUUGGCAUAUUUGAUGGACAUGGUGGAUCUGUUGUAUCUGAAUGGUUGGCUGAGCAUUUACAUGAACGAAUAGAGAAUAUGAAUUUAGAUAACUUUCAACACACUCUAGCAUUCUUACGAACUUAUCAAGGCUACUUUAAACGAUUUCCUAUCCCACACGUAAUUAAAGAUUUAGUAGAUCAAAGACAGGGUCGACCUAUACCAGGAACGAAUAUGUAUGAUCUUAGUAUCGAACAACGUUUGACAAUGGCCUUUUUAGAAGCAGAUGCAUGUGUUUUGAAACAAUUAAAAGGUGAAUUGGAUGACUCCCAUGAAGCGAAUGAAGGUUCGACAGGGAGUGUAGCUAUUAUUGAACCCUUAGAUAAAUGCCCAUUUUGGGAAAGUGAUGAAUAUGAUAUUAUAGUGGGUCAUGUUGGUGAUACACGUAUUUUAUUAUGUGAUUCACAUACAGGUGAAUACAUUUCAUUAACUACAGGUGAUCAUCAUCCAGGGAAUCCAGUUGAGACAGAUCGAUUAAGAAAAUAUGCUGGUUUUGUGACAACAGAUUCAUGGGGGGAUGAACGUAUCAUGGGCAUGUUGGCCACAAGUCGUGCCUUUGGUGAUGCUAAAUUGAAACGUUAUGGCGUAUCUGCUGAGCCUGAUAUUGUUCGAUAUCGUAUAAGAAAAUCAAAUUCUGCAGCAUUUAUUGUACUUGUAACAGAUGGUAUUACUUCAGUCAUGUCGGACCAAGAAAUCGUCGAUUUGGUUAAACAAUACAAGGAACCUUCUUUGUCAGCUAAAAAGUUAGUGGAUGCAGCAGAUCAAUUACAAAGUGAUGAUAAUGCAACUGCAAUGGUCAUACGAUUAAAAGAUUGGGGUAAAAGAAUGAAAGAUUAUACAAAAGAUCUUCGAGCUUAUCGAUUAGAAAAUACGUCAAUGAGUAAUAGACAAAGCUGGUAACAAAAAGUACCAAGAAGAUAUCCUUAUUUUUAUUUUUCGAUGACCCAAAAAAACGAGUAUAGUUAUAUACUCUACAAAAGAUUAUAUUGAGACCUUUUUUAUUUCUUUUCUUUAUUAGAAGAAAAGAAGGAGAGAAGGAAAGAGAAUACUCUUAUUCUAUUUUAAUAUGUAACAUAGUAAUAAAUAUAUUUAUUUUUACACAUUUAAA